GGAAACGUUUAAGUCAUGUUAAGGUAAAUUCUUGUUGCAUAGGCGCCAGCGGUUUAAACACAAGAAGUUGCGGUUGAUGCCGAAGAAGGAGUGCGGUUCUUAAGGUUCUUCGCGUCGUUAUUUAGCCACAGUAGCGUUUUGUACACCGGCAAACUCCUGAGUCUCUAUAUUUUGUAGUAUAGUGAUGGUGUAGGUUGAAUCAAAAUUUGGUUGAUAAAUUAGAUAUUUCUUUUUGGUGAUUAAGGAAAACAUAAAAUGUUUAAGAAGAUACCAUUUUUAGUUUUUACAAGAAUAGAACCAUACUUAUUAUGGCUUCACUUAAUAUUAAUUGUUAGCGCCGAAUUUGGAUCAAAAUAUAUACCUCAAUUAAUCAAGAAACCAGAGACGCAACUUAUGAAAGUUAGUUUAACACAAAAAGGAUAUAUACAGUUUUUAAGAUAUACAGUUGAUGUUCCCACGAUAGAAGAGUUCACCUAUUGCAUGUGGUUGAAGAGCAGCAAUUUUACGUUUUCUCAUCCGUUAUUGUCAUACUCUAAGAACGAACACGAACGAUUAAUAAGAGGAUGGAUAGACCAUCAAGGAAGAACAAUAAAUUUAGAGAUUUUAACCAAAGAAAUCUAUUCGGUUUUUACCGAUUUUGUGGAGAACCAAUGGUACCAUAUUUGUCAAUCUUGGAAUUCCCAUUCAGGGAGUUGGUCUUUAUUUAUAGACGGGAAAUUAAGAGAAUCCGGUGUUAAUAGCGAACUUCAACAAAUACCAAUCCCCGAAGGUGGUGAUAUUGUGAUAGGUCAAGAAUACACAGAUUUCGAGAAAGGCUUAGAUGACGGUAUUGAAGGUGACAUAUUCGGUUUCAAUCUCAUCCUAAGUUCAAUCUCCACCACACCCUUAGACAAACAUCAAGAAUACGAACUACCACCGCCAAACGAUCUCUUCCGUCGAAAACAAACAUCAUCAUCCUACAUAGAAGACCCGACCCAGUCUUUGAAUAUGCAAAGACGUAGUUCGUAUAUUGAUUAUUCGUACCCCCGGAGAAGACUUCGAGUCGAUUUGACUCCACCCGAACUCGACCCAAACGAAAACGUACCGGAAGUCUUAGGUUAUUUCAACGUAAAUCGGCGACCAAAAGGAUUUUUAGAUUUCGGAAAAGGUUUCUUGAAUAUGCUUUUUGGCGACGAUCCUAAAACGACGAGAUAUGUUUAUCCCAAAAGUUUUCAUCUUGGAAAAAGAAUAAUAAAUAACGUUAAGGAUUUCGAACCGAUUAAAAAGUCUUUGGGGAUGAUUUUGGUUGAGGAGAGUUAUAACGAUUGUGCUAAAGGCAAUGGGAGUCCCGUGAAGGAUGAAAAACUUUUAAUUAGUUGGACUAAGACUCCUGUUAGGGUUUUUGGUGGAGCUCUUUUGAAAUUGGUACCACCGUUUUGUGUUAAAAUAAGUUAAUUUUUAUGAAUAUUGGUGUUUUUAGGAUGAUCUUAAAGAUAUAUUCAUAUUUGACUGUAUAUAUUUAUUAAUAAUAACUUAUAUUAUUUUCUAAUAAAUAAAGUAAUAAUGAA